AUGAAUCGCCUCACUCGGACACGCAGCCAACACUUUGUCGGCUCGCCCCGAAAGGUCGCCUCGCCGAUGAAGCAGAAACACGCUCAUGCCUUAGCCCUCGGGUUAGGCCGGCAUGCCAGCAAACGUCGGCGCGUCGGGUCGACGGGCAUCACGGCGCGUUCUGUCGAUACCAAUGAGGAGGCGGAUCAGGAGGAAAUCGAGAAUGAGGAUGAGUCGGCAGUGAAGCGGGCCAAAGGGAAGGGCAAGGAGAAGGUGAAAGGGUGGGAACCGCUCAGCUCCGAGGGGGGCUCACAACGGGUCAACAGAGGGGUGGAGGUGGUGAUCUAUACCAAUAGGCGGGGGAAGGGGAAGGGACGAGCGGGAGCGGUACCGGCGGAGAAGGAUGUGUUUGACGGAAGUCCACGCAAGAGGAAGCGGAAAGAUGUGGUUGCCGACAGCACAGAAGAAGUCACAGAGCAGGAGGACGAGGGAGGCGGUAUGGUGGUGGAGGCUAGUAUCGCAGGAUCGGGGAGCUGGGUGGAGAUAGAUGAGGAUGACCAGGAUGAGGAAGAGCCAGAGUUCAUCGCCGAGAGUGACCAACACCUGCUUGCCGACGCACCCGCUUAUGCUUUACAUCGACUCAAGAAGGCUGAGCUCAUCCGGCUUUGGCGAGUCGCUGGAAUGUGGAAGGAGGAAGACGAUGGCGCCACGACGUCAUCGACGGGGGAUGACGAUGGGCUCGCUAAGAAGGAUCUCGUAGAUGGGCUCAUCGCGGCACGCAAGCCUGAAUCUCCCCGUCGGAUCUCGCCACUCCCAUCACCCCGCGCCCUACUUCGAGCCAAAGCAGCUGCGGGCCACAAGUCCCGUUCCUCCCUCUCCUCCCGAUUCCCCAGCCCAUCGCCGUCAUUAUCACCCCCUACAGAACUGGACCAAGCUUCUGUGUCAAUACCGAACAGGAAGAUCACUCGCAUGGACAUCGAUGCCACUCCCAAAGCCGUCGUCAGGACGAGGGCUCGCACGAAGCCCAUACGUACCACCGACGGGACACCAGCACGGGGGUCUGCAUCGCGCAGACUGGGUACGAAAGUCCGUAAGAAUGGGCGGGUCGCUAGGUUUGGGGAUGAUGUGAAGAGUCCGGCUCAUGGCCUUGUCGCCAAGAAAGACAGACAUGAAACAUCUUCGCUAUCGUCCCUGUACACGACGACUGACGACUCUGGCUCCGAUAAUGCUCCUGUCGCCAGGACUACCCGUCGUACUCGGAAGAGGGCCCAGAGCCAGUCGAAACGCCAUUCAGACUCCAGCGAUGAGCGAGCCAACGCUACAGAGGGCAGUGCGGACGGGAGCGACGAGGACGCACAGUCUAGUUCGCGACCGCACGACCCAACUCCCCUCGUUGCGCGGCUACGGUCGAGAACGAAAUCACUCGUCGAGAUUGCCCCACCUCCAAGCGAGCCAGACGCGGACGAUGAGAAUGAGGAGACGGAGGACGAGGAGGACGCUUCGCCGGGGCCGAGCAGGAGGACGCGGAGUCAAGGCAAUCUCUUUGAUUCGAGUGAUUCUGGGCGGACGUCCAGCCAGAAUCAAUUGCGUCGAGGGAGCAAGGUGGAAUCCGCGGAGGCUGUUCGGGAAGACGACGAUGAUGAGAUGGAGCUUGAUGAGGAUGCCGCUAUGGCCAGCCCUGACGAAAUAAACGACGAGGAAGUGGAUGACGACACAACUUCAGAUGGGAACGAAGCGGACGCCGACGAGCAGACCGAGACUGAGGCGCCGGUCCGUACCACCCGAUCUGGCAAGGCGUUUGGGGAACUCCGGUCGCGGAGGUGGAAAUUGCGGCAGGAGGCAAUGGACGAUCCAGAUAUGGAGGUGGAUGAGGACGAAGGUGGGGAGGAGGCCGAGGACGAAGAGGAAGAGAUGGAGGAGUCAGACGAGGGGAGUGUGCAGGAGUUUGACAUUGACCUGGACGACGCGACAGCCGCUUCAUUGACGAGACUCUUACGCGAUGAGUUGGUCCAACUGUGCGAAGCAAGGGGGAUCGAGGUGGGCGGGACAAAGCCGCAAUUAGCUAAGGCGUUGCUGGAAUGGCGAGAUGAGCAGAGGACAGGAUCUGAAUCUCCCACGUCAUCCCUCUCUUCUUCAUCGCAAGUCACUGCCCGACCCACUUCGCCCAAAACAUCAACAUCCCGUUCGUCUCGCUCGCGGCAUACCACCAAGAAUCGCAUCAUUCACGCGAUCGGCUCCAACAAACACGUCAAAGGCAAGACUACACCUGUACUACUUCGAGACCACGUCCACGCUACCGAUCCCGCUACGCCGCAGCAUAGCGAUGAGGGCAAGCAGGAGAAGGAGUCGGAGCUGAACUUUGACCUGGCGGAACUGGGUUUGGAGGAUAGCAUUAUCCUCCCUGAGCACUUGAUCAAGCUGGAGCGGAUAGGCAGUGGGGGCUUUAAAGACGUAUACGUUGGCAAGUGUAAAGGCCGGAAAGUCGCCAUUUCCGAGUUCCGGAGCCACCUCUCUGAGAUGGAUAUCCGCGAGCUCAAGCUACUCGCCGAAUUCAGCCAUCCCAAUAUCGUGCGGUUCCGGGGCAUAUGUAUACCGGAGGACUCCUCUCAGGUCCAGUGUAUGCUGGUCAGCGAGCUGUGCGAGAACGGCGAUCUUUUCGACUACAUCCGCAAUGUCGGUGCACCAAACCUCAAACGACUCCUUGGCCUCAUGCUCGAUAUCGCCCGAGGACUGGAGUAUCUCCAUACCCGCCGCCCAGCCAUCAUCCACCGCGACUGCAAGUCCUCCAAUAUCCUCAUCAAUCGCGCCGGCCAAGCCAAAGUGGGCGAUUUCGGCCUGGCGCGAGUCAAGACUUCGACGAGAUCGAUGAUCCGGAGUUUGGUCGGUACGGUCAACUGGCAAGCGCCCGAGCUGUGGCAUGCGAGUCCGCGGUAUGACUACAAGGUGGACGUCUUUUCGGCGGGGAUGGUAUAUUGGGAGAUGAUGUCUGGGUGGACGGCAGAUGUUGCGAGAUACCCCUGGGAGGGCAAUAAUGAGCACUAUAUCUAUGAUGUCGUCGGGCAGAAGAGCCGCCGCCCGUCCGUCGCUGGACUACGGAAACAUUGGGGGGCGGAACCCGUCAAUCUUAUGGAGAGGAUGUGGCACCAGGAUCCGGCGGAGAGGCCGACGAUGAGUGAUGUAGUCGCUGAUCUGGAGGCGCUCAUUGCGGAGGCGUAA